UCAGCAGCAGCAGCAGGUUUGGGUGAGAGGCGGCGGCGGCGGCAAUCGGGAGAAACCGAGAGUGUCCGAGGACGAAGGCGAGUGGGGGGUCGGCACGGCAGCUCGAGAAACAUGUCUCUGGAUAAAGUGCCUGUCGUCACAAGAAUCUCUCACAGAAGCCUAAAGGACAGGAUGAAUGGGGUUUCUGUUAAAUUGGAGAGUCUGCCAAGCAGUUGGUACGAAGAGACGGAGAAAAUAAAUCACAUGGGAAGUGCCAGGAAGAAUCGGAAAAUGUCAUUAGAGGAACCAGAGAAAGAUUCUGGUUUUUCAGACACAAGUUCAGACUAUCUGAGUACACUGGAACAGACCGACUUGGAGGAUCCACCUUCGCAAAAGAGGCCAGCUGUGUCAAACCACAUGGAGAGAACAGCAGCUGUACAGAGCUCACUUUCCAGCCUGACUCCUGUAUACAUUGUGAAGAAUGUUCUUCUUAAAGAGCCUCUGUCCGUUCCAACAAGGAGUCAGCUUGUCCAAGCCCAGCUACAGACCUGGGGAAGUCAGCACUCCCUCGGGACGUCAGGCCAGACCCGAGUGGUCUUCAUCGGACAGCCUUUGGCAGCUUCUUUUAAAUCGCAGAAGAUUGAGGCAAAGGCUGGGACUGGGAAAGAUACCUAUCUUCCGAUCUUAAACUCCUACCCCAGGAUAGCGCCUCACCCAGACAAAAGCCGGGAUGACAACAGUGGCCGGAGUCAGGAAGGGAACUGUCUGGCUCAGGACGACAGGACUGCAGGUCACAGCAAGAGCAAACGUUUAUGCCUGGACGAGUUGGGAGAACCCCCGCAGGAAUAUCACCGAAACAAGCAAACCUCGCACGUCCCACCAGUGGGCCACUGCCAGCAAGCUGAGAACACGCAGCAGACACCAGCGCACUUUUACACGCAGUUUGAUGUCUCCGUCUCCCCAUCACCAGUAGUUUCUCCGAAUCCUGUUCUCCAGUCUGAAUCUUCUGAAUCUGUGCAUUCAUCAUCGUCAUCAUCCUCCCCUGCCUCCACAUUUUCUCAUGCUCCCAGUGCCCAGUCACUCUGUAGUGACACCACUCGACUGGCUGACAGAGGCCCCAGGCGACCAGUCUCCAGUCCCGCCAAGGAACGACGCUUCCGCAAUACGGUGGAGAUCCUGAGUAGGUCAGGGCUUCUGGAGAUUACGCUGAAAACCAAGGACCUCAUCCGGCAGAACAAUGGCACCCAGCAGCAGAUUGAUGAACUGAAGGAGCACGUCCGGCUCUUCUGCAGUGCUGCCCAGAGCCGAGACCCACGCGCACUGCUGAGGCUCCAGGAGACAAUGAAAUGUUCUGGGAAUUAUGCAUCGGUGACCGGUGUUCCCUCUUCCUGCUCGGCCACAAAUCAGCCACUUCAAGCCACUGCUGAGCAGGCACCACUACUUUAACCAAGAAUCUUCAAACUAAAGGCCUUGCGUUAGUAGAGGGAAUGAGUCAGAAACUGGAGUUCAGCUCUCAUCUCCGUGAAUGAUGGAAUGGUUUCAAGGGGCUAUAUUUUUCAUUAAUCUGUGGGACGUGGGUGCUAUUGGUCAGGCCACCAUUUGUUGCCUAUCCCUAAUUGACCCUGACCUGAAUGAUUUGCUGUGCCAUUUCUGAGCACAGUUUAAAAAUUAACUACAGUCACUGUGGAUCUGGAGUCCUGUGUAAACCAGGCUAGGUAAAGACACCAACGUUUGAUCCCUAAAGGACAUUUGUGAAUCAGAUUUUUAUGACAGUGGUCUCAUGGCCUCCAUUACCAGGACUAGCUUCUUUUUCAUUUCAUUAGCUGCCCCGGUGGGACUUGAACUGAAAUUCCCCAGCAUUUUAAUGUGGGUGUUUUGAUUACUACUGUUUCAUUGUCACUACACCACUGUGCACUACAUAUCGAAGGACAACAACUCAUACCUGUAAUUGCCUCCCACAAAACAUGCCAUGCAUAUUUAGAUGUAAAUGUCACAGAUUCCAGAUUUUUAAAACAAAAAUUCAUCUUUUAUGAUGUAUUCACUUUUAUUUUGUGAAAAGAUAGUUUGGGCUCGGCAGAAAUGUAUUUCGUUUGCUGUAACUACUGGGUUAUCUGAAGAACUGUUGUUUUGACUGGUACCCUGGUAGUUCUGUGCAGUUUGUUGGGAGAGACACCUGAAUAACUUACAAUUCUACUCUUUGAUGGCUCCAAUUUGGAGUAGUAGUGCUGUGUGAACUGGAUGCAUGCUAACAUACUCAACACGCACAGAUGCACACAGGCACACACAUACACCUCCCACCCACCCCUUGAUGUGGCUCAGCAAUCCGAAGAUUUAGCUUCAGGUGGUUCAGUACACGUGUUGACACUGCCAGUGCUGUAUUGAGGCAGAGUCACAAUGCCAGAUAGGCUGUCCGUUGCGUGAGACUUUAAAGUGAGACCCCACAUGCCCCCUCACACAGAUGAGAAAGAUCCCUGGCCUCUAAUGGAAGGGCAAGGGGGGUUCUGUUAUCACACUGCACUAAAACCCUUGUUGACUGACUGAUCUCGCUGUGGUUUGUGUUCACAAUAUGAUUAUAAAGCCUUGUUUUAAUAAACCACUGAAAGUCAAUAAAUGGACAGGGGUGUUUUCUGACCAGGGUAAUAAACUGUUGUGUUUAAUGCAA